CCCCCCCAGCACCUCAUGCACAGUCCGCCACCGCGCGCGCGCAUAAACCGGUCCGUCCUCACGCGGGAUCCGUCCGAGACCCACCGACCUGCACGCGGCCAGAGAGGAGCAGCAGCGCGCGCGGGGCGAGUUACCCCAAUUAUCCCAAAGGGAGCGGAGCGCGGAGACACCGAGCGCACGCGCACAGUCCCGGCCAGGAAGGUCAGAGUAGCGCGCGCCAUGGACCGCAAAAUCCCCGACUUUUCUGGAACCUGGAAGAUGAAGAGCUCCGAGAACUUUGAGGAGCUGCUAAAAGCGCUGGGUGUAAACGUGAUGCUUCGUAAAAUCGCUGUGGCGGCGGCUUCAAAGCCAUCAGUGGAGAUCACACAGGACGGAGAGACGCUGUCCAUCAAAACCUCCACUUCUGUUCGGACCACCCACGUCACCUUCACCGUGGGACAGGAGUUUAACGAGGCCACUGUGGACGGACGACCCUGCACGAGUCUUCCUCGUUGGGAGACAGACAGGAAGAUCAGCUGUGAACAGACCCUACAGAAGGGGGAGGGGCCAAAGACUUCCUGGACCAGAGAGAUGACAAAUGAUGGCGAACUCAUCCUGACGAUGACGGCAGACGAUGUGGUGUGUACCAGAGUUUAUAUCAGAGAGUGAACGCCUGAACAGAACGAGGGAGGAACGGACGUCAUAUAACCCUGCCUAGGUCGACACUUUCUGGAAAAUCGGGAUACGCAUGUUUAUGUUAGCCUUAGCGUCUGAAUUAUUCUCAGAUAUGUAUAUUAUAUACCUCCAGCAAUCCCUCUAACUGACCAAAUGCAGGAUAUCAGAACAUCAGAAUCUCACCGGUUCCACCUGUAAAAUCUCACCUGGCUUUGUUUUACUUUGUUUUGUCAUAAAAAUUAAGGUGCAAGUAGCCAAUUAAUGGUCAAAUAUGAAUUAUUAUAGACCAGCAAGAAAUGUUAAAAUAUGUACCCAUGCCCAGGUUAUGUAAAUUAGCUUUUCUGCUUUAGACAGGGGGGUCUCUGUGUUUGUUUCUGAAGAUCCACCAAAACUGAAGACAAACAAGCAGUCCAGUAACAAAAACAGAGUGUUAGAAUUAGCUGUCCUAAUGUUUUAAGGGAAUAAUUUGGUUAACAAUUAAAUUUACACAGUUUCUCUGCUUCACGCCUGUGUAGUGGAUUACAGAAUGUUUGUCUAAAGUUUGGUUAGUUUAGCGCUGGAGCUACGAGACUAUGAACCAGGUCGGUUAUAGCUCUCACCCGGAACUGUGUACUACACCGUUAACUACACCAUUAACUACACUAUUAACUACUCCAUUAACUACACUAUUAACUACACCAUUAACUACUCCAUUAACUACACUAUUAACUACUCCAUUAACUACACUAUUAACUACACCAUUAACUACUCCAUUAACUACACUAUUAACUACUCCAUUAACUACACUAUUAACUACACCAUUAACUACUCCAUUAACUACACUAUUAACUACACUAUUAACUACACCAUUAAAUACACUAAUAACUACACUAUUCACUACACUAUUGACUACAUUAUUAACUAAUUUUAAUAGUGUGGGCUUGGCAGGAAAGAACACAAAGUAUUAAAAUACUACACAGUUCUCUAGAUACAAAUGUACCAUAAACAUCUACUAAGCUAGCAGCUAAGCAUUCAUGACUUGUUAGCAGCAUUAGCCAUGUAGCUCCAGUGUGAGUCAAGGCUUAAGUUUGAGUUAUAGAUAUAAACCAAAGAUUCAUAUUUUACUAAUCAAAUAUGACCUGAGUGCCUGCUAACAAAACUCAGAGCAGAAAGCUUGAGAGCAUCGUGUUAUCAUUUUUGCUAGAAUCUCUGUUAGCAUUCGCUGAGUCUGGGCCACAUUCUCUGAGACAUAAGUGGUUAAAUUUGUACUCUAGACUCUGAAGCACUUUUUUUCCGCUGGUCUGCAGAAUCUUCAGGCUGAAUCUGGAUCCAGAGCGCAGAUAUUUGCAAAGAUCCAGUUCUGUUAUUCUAAACUCCAGUCUGACAGGGCUGCUCUCUGGAACAGUAAAAUCAGGUUUUAUCACAGUCAAAUCAUAACAUUGGGAGUGUAUUUAGUGAUUAUCGUUGCGAUUAUGGAGGCGAGGGGGUGGUGGUUAUGUGUAUUAUUAUCCUGUAUUACACCUAUAGUGCUGUUAAUCAUUCUGUCACUGUCCUUUUUUCCAUUACUGUCCACCAACAACACUUCCUUUUUACGUGGAGGUUUUGUAUAUAUAAGGUUCUUGCUGUCGUGCCUUUUAUUAUGUGUCUUUUCUAUAACUGUGGUUGUUUGUAUUGAACCAUACCUGUGCUUGCACAAUAAAAAUAAAUGUUCUUGGUAUAA